GGAGUCUUGCGGUAGCAGCCGUCCUCUCAGACCAUGUGGUUUAUGUCCAGAAGAAACCGACUUUUCACGUACCACCAGGACUGCUGCGGUGCCCAGGCGUGCGCCAGUCUGUGGAUAUUGAUUUUUUGUUGGUGCUCGGCAUUCGUGAGGGGACAAAACUACCACCCCACGGUAAACACGCAGUACGGGAAACUACGGGGAGUCCGGGUCCCGCUGCCCAGCGAGAUCCUGGGGCCCGUAGACCAAUAUUUGGGCGUUCCGUACGCCGCCCCCCCAGUGGGGGAAAAACGGUUUCUGCCUCCUGAGCCUCCUUCCUCUUGGUCUGGGAUCAAGAACGCCACUCACUUUGCUCCCGUGUGUCCUCAAAACAUUCACAAUGCUGUGCCAGAAAUCAUGAUGCCAAUAUGGUUCACCUUUAACCUGGAUAUAGUUGCCACAUACAUACAGGAUCAAAACGAGGAUUGUUUGUAUUUAAACAUCUAUGUCCCAACCGAGGAUGUCAAAAGAAUAUCCAAGGAAUGUGCCAGGAAACCCAACAAGAAAAUAUGUAGGAAAGGAGGGGCCCACUCCAAAAAACAGGGCGAAGAUUUGUCUGAUAACGACGGUGAUGAAGACGAAGACAUACGAGACACUGGAGCCAAACCUGUGAUGGUCUACAUCCACGGAGGAUCCUACAUGGAAGGAACCGGAAACAUGAUCGACGGCAGCGUUCUGGCCAGUUACGGAAACGUCAUCGUUAUCACGCUCAACUUUCGGGUCGGGGUUUUGGGGUUCCUGAGCACAGGCGACCAGGCUGCAAAGGGCAACUACGGACUCUUGGAUCAGAUUCAGGCACUACGGUGGAUCAGCGAGAACAUUGGCUACUUCGGGGGCGACUCCAACCGCAUCACGGUUUUCGGAUCGGGCAUCGGGGCGUCUUGCGUCAGCUUACUCACCCUGUCCCAUCAUUCCGAAGGCCUGUUCCAUCGAGCCAUCAUUCAGAGCGGCUCGGCCUUGUCCAGCUGGGCGGUCAACUACCAGCCGGUCAAGUACACACGUCUGCUGGCGGAGAAGGUGGGCUGUAACGUUCUGGACACGCUGGACAUGGUGGACUGUCUGAGGAAGAAGAGCGCCCGCGAGCUGGUGGAACAAGACAUACAACCGGCCCGGUACCACGUCGCCUUCGGCCCGGUCAUCGACGGCGACGUCAUCCCCGACGAUCCCGAAAUCCUCAUGGAGCAGGGCGAGUUCCUCAACUACGACAUCAUGCUGGGCGUGAACCAGGGGGAGGGGCUGCGGUUCGUGGAGAACGUGGUCGACUCCGAGGACGGCGUCUCGGGCAACGACUUCGACUUCUCCGUGUCGGACUUCGUGGACAGCCUGUACGGGUACCCGGAGGGCAAGGACACGCUGCGCGAGACCAUCAAGUUCAUGUACACGGACUGGGCGGACCGAGACAACCCCGAGACCCGACGCAAAACCCUGGUGGCCCUCUUCACCGACCACCAGUGGGUGGAGCCCUCGGUGGUGACGGCCGACCUGCACGCGCGCUACGGCUCACCCACCUACUUCUACGCCUUCUACCACCACUGCCAGAGCCUGAUGAAGCCGGCGUGGUCGGACGCGGCGCACGGGGACGAGGUGCCCUACGUUUUCGGCAUCCCCAUGAUCGGCCCCACCGACCUGUUCCCCUGCAACUUCUCCAAAAACGACAUCAUGCUCAGCGCCGUGGUCAUGACCUACUGGACCAACUUUGCCAAGACUGGAGAUCCUAAUAAGCCAGUGCCCCAGGACACCAAGUUCAUCCACACAAAGGCGAACCGCUUCGAGGAGGUGGCCUGGUCCAAAUACAACCCCCAGGACCAGCUGUACCUCCACAUCGGCCUCAAGCCGCGCGUCCGGGAUCACUACCGCGCCACCAAGGUGGCCUUCUGGAAGCAUCUGGUGCCACACCUGUACAACCUCCACGAUAUGUUUCACUACACCUCCACCACCACCAAAGUGCCACCUCCCGAGACCACGCAGAACUCUCUCUCCACCAAACGGCCGAACAGCAAGGCGUGGCCCUUCAACACCAAACGGCCCCCCAUGUCUCCCGCCUACAACAGCGAGAGCGGCAAGGAGCCGUGGAACGGCGAGGAGGAGCCCGGGCCGCUGAUGGAGAACCCGCGCGACUACUCCACGGAGCUGAGCGUCACCAUCGCGGUCGGAGCGUCGCUGCUCUUCCUCAACGUGCUGGCGUUUGCCGCGCUCUACUACCGCAAGGACAAGCGCCGGCAGGAGCAGCACGCACAGCCCAGUCCCCCCAGGGCCACCGCGGCCAACGACGUGGGCCGCCACGCCCCGGAGGAGGAGAUCAUGUCUCUGCAGGUCAAUCAGACGCACCACGAGUGCGAGGCGGGGCCGCCGGGCGACCCCCUGCGCCUGGCAUCGCUGCCCGAUUACACGCUGACGCUGCGACGCUCGCCCGACGACAUUCCUCUGAUGACGCCCAACACCAUCACCAUGAUCCCCAACUCGCUGGUGGGCAUGCCAAACCUGCACCCUUACAACACCUUCACGGCUGGCUUCAACUCCACCGGUCUGCCCCACUCCCACUCCACCACCCGCGUAUAG